AUGAACCCGAGCAUCUCGAUUCCUGACCGUCUGCCGGUCUUGCCGCUUCCCUAUCCGCUGGUAUUGCAUCCCAAUCUUCUCCUUUCCAUCAAUAUCUCGUAUGCGCACUCGCUCAGCCUCCUCAAGGCCGCGUUGCAGUACUCGGCGCUCAAGGACGACGUCGAAUCAAACAACGAUGCCGCGUCCCGCUCUCGCUCCGCAAGCGGCCGCUCCAAGCUAGACUCCAACAAACCCAUCAUUAUCGCUUGCGUCCCUACGCUCAUCGCUCCCAAGGGCACAGCUUCCGCCGACAAGCCCGCUUCCCGCGCCACCAACCCAGCGCUGCCGAGCGACACCAACGCACGCAGCCUCGUCACCACCACCGAAGACAACGACACUCGCAUUCGCAUCAACGACCUCUACGAUUGGGGCUGCGCUGCUCGUCUCAUGCGUCUGGUGCGCAACCCUCAAACACAGACAUGCACCCUUCUUGUAUCUGGCCUAACCCGUGUUCGCAUCGACCGCUGGCUCUCGAUCCGUGCGCCCCUCACCGCCACCACCAUCGACCCCAAGAGCAAUCUCGCCGUCCCUGAUGUGCCCGUUCCGCUUGCCACAGCCACCGCAUUCGUCGACGAAGAGUCGUGGCCCACCUUCCCAGAAGCCUCUCCCGGCGACAUCGAUCUCGUAGUCAGGCUCAAAAAGUCGUCUGCCGAGCUCAUUGAUGCCAUCGCUCAGCUCAACCCACCCAGCAAUGGCUCCACUCACACUCCCUCGCCCAUCGUCGGUCCUGCGUUGCCUCUGCUUCCAGCAGGCCUCCUCAAGAAGCUUCGCGGCUUCAUGCAAGACUGCCGCGAGUCGCAAGCUGCGCUCCUCGCCGACAUUGUCGUCGGCACUCUUGGCGGCGCCUGUGAGUGGUCCGAGCGCGUCGCCAUCCUCGGCGAUUGGGACCAACGCGAGCGCGUCCGUCACUCGGUUGACGUCAUCCAGAAUGGCGUCAAGCGCGUCAAACUCGCACGCGAGCUCCUCACCGCCCUCUCCUCUCCUCUCAACCCCAACAACAAGGAGGCCGUCAUCCGCUCUCAGCUUGAAGCCCUGCUCAACCAGCUUGCAGCGCUCAACCAGGGUGUCGCUGCCCGCAUCUCGGCCAUCACCUCCAACACGGGCAACAGGGACGACGGCAAGCCGAGCAUCAUCAUCCGCGCACCUCCUUCGCGCAACAACCACACCAACGACAACGGCACCGGUCCCAUCAUCACCGGUCCCCUCGGUGGAAGACGCGGCGCCAAGCCUGGCGCGAAAGGCAUGCCAGGCGGCGGUCUUCCUGGCUCCAGCGGUGGCGAUGACGACGAGGACGAGGUCGCUGAGCUGGCAAAGAAGCUCGAGCAAGCUCGUCUCAGCCCAGAAGCACGCAAGGCCUGCGACAAGGAGCUCAAGCGACUCUCACGCAUCCCACAGCAGAGCGUCGAGCGCGGCGUCGUCAUCACCUACCUUGAGAUCAUGGCUGAGCUACCAUGGGAGAAGAUCAGCGCCGAUGUCGAGCCUGCCUGCGAUCCCAACGACAAGGCGCUCGUUCUUCAGCAGAACAGCGACUCGCCACCUGCACCCGAGGAGGGCAUCGUCGACCGUGCCAGGCGCAUCCUCGAUGCUGACCACUACGGUCUCGAAAAAGUCAAGAAGCGUCUCAUCGAAUACCUCGCCGUGCUCGAGCUAAAGACCAACCAGGCUCGCGAACGAUUUGAAGCUGAAGAGGCUGCCGAGCGCAAGACAAGCCAAGAUCGACACAAGGUCACGCCCUCUGCCUCCACCGAAGACGCUAUCGCCGGUGCAGAUGACGAUGCUGCCAUGGCAGCCGAGCUCGAGGGUGGCGAGGAUCUCGUGGCUCGCGAGCAGGGAAUCAGCAAGGAAGACAUCGAAGAGGAGAAGCGACGUCGUCGCAACGAGAAGCUGCGCGUUGGCGACAAGGGACCGAUUCUCCUCCUCGUUGGUCCACCUGGUACGGGUAAGACCUCGAUCGCCAAGUCGCUGGCAUCUGCCCUCCAACGACCCUUCACCCGACUCUCGCUUGGCGGUGUUCGGGAUGAAGCCGAGAUCCGCGGUCACCGCCGAACCUAUGUAGGAGCCAUGCCCGGUUCCAUUGUUUCGUCGCUGCGCAAGGUGGCCGUCUCUGACCCUGUCAUCCUGCUCGACGAGGUCGACAAGCUCGGCAGCGGCAACGGCCUGCACGGCGAUCCCAUGGCGGCCAUGCUCGAGGUGUUGGACCCGGAGCAGAAUCACACGUUCAGCGACCACUACAUCAACGUGCCCAUCGACCUCAGCCGUGUGCUCUUCAUCGCCACCGCCAAUUCGCUCGACACCAUCUCGCCUCCGCUGCUCGACCGUACCGAAGUGAUUCACAUCUCUGGCUACACGCACGACGAAAAGACGGCCAUCGCACGCCAGUACCUCUUGCCCAAACAGAUCAAGGCGCAGGGUCUCACGUCGGACCAACUCGUCGUUUCGGACGAGGUGCUACUCAAGGUGGCCAUGGGCUACACGCGCGAGGCGGGUGUGCGAACGUUGGAACGGGAGAUUGGCGCGCUGGCACGAGCCAAGGCAGUCGAGUACUCGCAGUCCAAGAAGGGCACGCUGCGCGACGAGCAGGGCAACCCGAAGGAGUAUGAUCCCGUCAUCCGUGAGGCUGACUUGGAAAGGUACCUCGGACCGGAUACGUACGAGCCCGAGGUGGCCGAAGCCAACGCACGUCCCGGUGUAUCGACGGGUCUGGCGUACCAAGGCUCCGGAUCCGGUGGCAUUCUGCACAUCGAGUCGCUGCUACUUCCGCCGGGUAGCGGCUAUCUCAAGCUGACGGGCUCGUUGGGCGACGUGAUCCGCGAGUCGGCCGAGCUAGCCUUGUCCUGGGUGAAAGGCAAUGCCUUCCAGCUCGGCAUUGUGCAGACGCGCGAUUCCGAAUUCCCCAAGAACGACAUCCACCUGCAUCUGCCUUCGGGUGCGAUCCCCAAGGAUGGACCUUCUGCCGGUGUAGCCAUGACUUGUGCGCUGGUGAGUCUGUUCACCAAGACGCCCAUCUCGCCGUACCUGGCCAUGACGGGCGAGACGACGCUGCGAGGUGUGGUGAUGCCCGUAGGAGGCAUUCGCGAGAAGCUGACUGCGGCGUCGCGAGCCGGUAUCCGCAAGGUGCUGCUGCCUCACCGCAACCGCAAGGACGUGGAAGCCGAUCUGCCCAAGAAGGUGCGCGACGAGUUGGAGAUUAAGUAUGUAAAGACGGUGUGGGAGGCCAUGGAGCAGGCGUUUGGCAACAAGCUGUUUGAGAACGCAGCGUUGGCUCUCGAGGCUAAUGGGUUUGGUCACGAGCACGAGGGCAUCCGCGAAGGCCGUCGUCUGAUGCACGAUAUGGAAGACUCUCGCUUGUGA